ACUUAAUUAGUUUGAGCUUAAACAAUGAGAACAUUUUUAAUAUUGAUUGCGAUUUUGUUAAGUUUGAGUUGUGAAAGCGUCGCAAAUGGAUUCAAGUUGAUGCCAUCAGAAUUUCCGGAGGAUUUCAUCAUUCAUGUUAAUACUGCCUCAUCAUCUUCUUCUACUGUGGCUGAUCAGCAAAAUGGAACCAGAUGGGCAGUCUUAGUUGCUGGGUCGUUUGGUUAUGGCAACUAUAGGCAUCAGGCCGAUGUGUGUCAUGCAUAUCAAAUAUUGAAGAAAGGUGGACUAAAAGAUGAAAACAUCAUUGUUUUUAUGUACGAUGACAUCGCAAACAACGUUGAGAACCCUAGACCUGGUGUCAUCAUCAAUAAGCCAGAUGGCCCUGAUGUUUACAAAGGGGUUCCCAAGGAUUACACUGGAGAAAAUGUUACUGCUGCCAAUCUUUAUGCUGUUAUUCUUGGAAAUAAAACAGCUCUCAGCGGGGGCAGUGGCAAGAUUCUGGACAGCGGUCCAAAUGACAAUGUUUUUAUAUAUUAUACCGACCAUGGCGCCUCUGGGAUAAUUGGAAUGCCUGAAGGCGAUUACGUGUAUGCUAACGAUCUCGUGGACGUUCUGAAACAGAAGCAUGAAGCUAAGGGUUACAAAAAAAUGGUAUUUUACCUAGAAUCUUGUGAAUCUGGGAGCAUGUUCGAGGGUCUGCUUCCAAGUAAUAUAAGUAUCUAUGCGACUACAGCGGCAAAUGCAACUCAAGAUAGUUGGGCGACAUAUUGUCCUGGUUUUGAUCCUGCUCCUCCUGCAGGAUAUGACACUUGUUUGGGAGACUUGUAUAGUAUUUCUUGGAUGGAAGAUUGCGAUGUCAAAGAUUUACGAAGAGAAACUUUUGCAAACCAAUAUGAAACGGUUAGAAAUAGAACCGCAAAUACUAGUGAAGGACUUGGGUCUCAUGUUACUCAAUACGGAAAUUUGAACCAAGCCAAGGAUUUACUCUUCUCUUACUUGGGUUCAGAUGACAACUCUACUACUUACACCAACACUAAAUCCUCACCAUCAUUCUUAGGGCCAGUUUUUAACCAACGUGAUGCAGACCUCCUCCACUUUUUGCACAAGGUACGUAAAGCUCCUGAUGGCUCUCAUGAGAAGCAUGAAGCUAAACAGAAACUAUCUGCUGAAAUGUAUCGUCGGGAGCGCAUCGACGACAAUAUAAAUCAAAUCGCGCAACUAGUGUUUCGAUAUGAUUCUAGCUCAAAAAUGAAAAAUAUUCGGCGUAACGGGCAAGCUCUUGUGGAUGACUGGAACUGCUUUAAGACUUUUGUGAAAACUUACGAGAAAUAUUGUGGAGCACUCUCAAAUUAUGGAAUGCAAUACACAAGAAUUAUUGCCAACAUGUGCAAUUAUGGGGUUACCAUGGAGCAAAUGACUGCAGCAUCAACGAAAACUUGUUCUUAGACUUGAAAAGAGAACAAAAGGAUUGUGCUCACAUGUCCUAAUAGUUUAAGCUUAAUUUUUUUUAUAAGUAAUUGAAAAGUACUUUUACUUUUCUAUAAAUUUCGAAAUAAAAAACUUAGUACGUCGCCUUAUUUGUCAACUCUAGUCUUAAGCUCAAUUAUUUUCCUUGUUGAUGAAAGAGUUCGUAUUUAAGAUUUUAAGAGAGUAAGAACAAUAGAACUUGAUUGUCGAAUGUAAUUAAAUUC